CUCGCCUGCCCGCCAACGCCAUCGACAACACCGCCGACCAGCAAGACUAAUCAACAUGGGUAGGGUAAUUCGGGCGCAAAGGCGGUCACACGCUAUAUUCAAAUCCCACACCCACCACAACAAGGCGCCUGCGCAGUUCCGCCCUCUCGAUUUUGCGGAACGCAAUGGCUACGUCAAGGGUAUUGUGAAAGAGAUCAUCCACGACUCUGGCCGUGGUGCUCCUCUUGCCCGUGUCGUUUUCCGCGACCCCUACCGUUACAAGCUCCGCAAGGAGACUUUCAUCGCGACUGAGGGUCUUCACACUGGUGCCUUCGUUUACGCCGGCAAGAAGGCGCAGCUCGCUGUGGGCAACGUCCUGCCCGUUGGCCAGUGCCCUGAGGGUACCAUUGUCUCUAACGUUGAAGAGAAGGUCGGUGACCGUGGCGCGCUCGCUCGCACUUCCGGCAACUACGCGACCGUCAUCGGUCACUCGCCCGAUGAGAACAAGACGCGCAUCCGUCUACCCUCUGGCGCGAAGAAGACCGUAUCCAGCUCUUGCCGUGCAACUGUCGGUAUCGUCGCCGGCGGUGGCCGUAUCGACAAGCCUUUGCUUAAGGCCGGCCGUGCGUACUAUAAGUUCAAGGCCAAGCGCUACAACUGGCCUCGUACUCGUGGUGUGGCCAUGAACCCCGUUGAUCACCCUCACGGUGGUGGUAACCACCAGCACAUCGGUAAAGCAUCGACGAUCGCCCGCUCUGCCGUACCCGGUCAGAAAGUCGGUCUCAUUGCCGCCCGUCGGACUGGUCUGCUGCGCGGUACCGUCAAGGUCAAGGAGGUUUAAGUUGCUUGACAUCGGGUAUCUGCGUGUCGUUUGUUGUAUGCUGCUUUGCCUCACUUGCACGAUGUUACAAAAGCUUUGUAUGCAACUUAUUGCAUAUGCGUCAUGACCACAUGCCUUUUUGAUGCACGGC